ACAGAUUCGCUCCGAACAGACGCGUGGUGGACUGGCUCAAACGCGUAAAUAUAAGUUGUGCAGACAUCAUGCCACACUCGACCAGCAGUCCAAACAGUCAGAAUCGGCUCCCAAGCAAGAGCUCAGAGCGACCCCGAGGAGGUCGAAUCAAAUCUCGGCCCGUCGGCAGUGAUUCAGAUACGGGUAGUGAUGGGAUGCGCGAUUUUGUGGCCAAGCUGGGAAUGGCGGAGGACAUUGAAGUAGAGCGGCAGUUCCGCGAAGCCAAUAAGGGCAAGGCCAAGCAAAAAUCAUUCCAACCCACGCGUAGAACAAUCGACGAGGAUGAUGAGGUUGAGAAACCGGAUCAAGAGGCCUUGAAGGCCCGCAAAUGGCGUCCCAUGAAUGGACGACCUCCGGAGCAUAUGACUGCCUCCGUGGCUGCCCAGCAAAAGAAGUACAACCCGUUGAUCAAAAUGCUUGGCAUCAAAAUCAAAAUCAUUCGAUCCGAUGAUGAGGACGAUUCUAGUUCCACGGGCCACGACAAUAUCCUCUCUCGUUCUACUUCAUUUGGUUCGCGCUCACGUCCCGGAUCAGACAAGAAAACUGCGUCUUCCAUUCGUGAAAGGUUAUCUCCGGACCUACAAGCGUUGGAGUCGCAGGAUGUAUCCCGCGCACGCGAUGAACUGUCUACAACUGAGUCUGACACCCCAAAUCUCAAGAAAACUAAUCAAGCGUCGUGCGUUUCUUCUCAACCACAAGAAUUGCAAGUUCGUCAGGAGGCUUCAACUACUGAGGAUGAAGAUGAACCUCCCAAAGCGCCUCUUGCGAGGGAGCCCAAGGAGGGAAAAGAUACCGAGAGAAAUGCACGUUCAUCAUCAGGUACACCUCCGCCACAAGAAUCGGAAGUUGUUCAUGAGCUUUCAACUACUGCAAGUGAAGAUGAGCCUCCAAAAGCGCCGCCUCCGAUGGAAUCUGAGGGAAAAAUAGAUACCAAAACAGAUACUCUUCCGCCACAAGAAUCGAGAUUUGUUCAUGAGCUUUCAACUACUGAGACUGAGGAUGAACCUCCAAAAGAGCUUCCUCCGGCAGAAUCACAGCGAAAGACAAAUCCACAGGGAAAUACUUCAUUGCCGCAAGAAUCGGAACCAGCUCACCAGCUUUCAACCACUGAGAGCGAAGAUGAACCUCCAAAGAAACCCCAUGUGAAUGACUCUGAGGCCCAUAGGUUGCCGGAGGCCAAUAAAAACAACCGGACAAAAUCUGAUAGUCGUAGCUCGACAAAUGCUCCCUCGGUUGAUCCAACAACACAAGCAGACGAGAAUCCUAGUGAACAAUCCAUUUCAUCAAUACGCCCAGACUCAGACUCUAUCCCUUCAAACGUCCCCGACAAACGACCUCCUGGCGACUUGCUCCCCACGACUUCUCCCAACCAUCACACUCACAAGGUGACAUACCCCCGCAUUCAGGUAGAGGCGCGACCAAAUCUCGAGAUAUCCUGUGAAGCUCAAGACGCAAUAGGCCCACUCCCCUUGAGCAAAACUGUCCAACUUACGGCAAGCAUCAAUAAAUUCUUAAAACCUUACCAACGCGAUGGGGUCAAGUUCUUUUUCGAGCACUUCCAGCAGAAGAAUGGGGUGAUACUGGGAGACGACAUGGGUUUGGGCAAGACGAUUCAAGUCAUCGCUUUCCUUUCGGCAAUCAUGGGACUCCAAGGCACACCUGAUGAAAAAAAUCGACGGAAAAAUGCGAUAAACAAACUAUCAAGUAAUCGUUCUUACAAACCCAGCGAGCUGGGUCCUACUUGUCUAGUAAUUUGUCCCAACAGUGUCAUCGAUAACUGGGCAAGGGAGAUCAAGACGUGGGGGUACUUUGAGGCAAGGGCUGAAACUAUCGCAAGGUUCAAUGCAGGAGCAUUCGAUAUUCUUAUCUGUGGGUUCACAUAUGCUAGAGAUCACAUUGAUGAAAUAUACGACUUGGAUUUUACAGUAGUAGUGGUGGAUGAAGUGCAGCACCUCAAGAAUGCUAGAUCUGCCGUCACACGAGCAUUCCACAAGUUCAAGACCAAGAUUCGCUUUGGGUUGACGGGUACCGCGAUGCAAAACGAACUAUCUGAGCUCCACAGUCUUUUCGAUUGGGUCCGGCCUGGCGCUCUGGGAACUUUGCGGAUGUGGGAGGCAUUUGUUUCGAACCCCCUGCUGCAAGCACGCAAGUCGAACGCAUCUGUUUACGAAAUGCAAUUGGGUGCAGACCAAGUCUAA